GACAACAAGAGUUUGUAAUUUGGUGAAAACUUUUGUUUUUAAAAGAAUUAUUAUUAUCAUUAUUAUUCGAUAAACGUUCUACAAAUUAAUUACAUUGAACUUUAUAGGUCAAGUCUUUGCAACGAUAAAGCUUUUUAGGAUAAUAUUCUAAUUCCAUGAUUAGCUUAGUGUUUAAUACUAACUUAGUUUUUAAGCGUAUUGAUUUUGUGUUGCUUUAGACAAGCCAAUAUAGUUGUUGAAUUUCUUGUUAGCACAACAAACAUUAGCUUCCUUUAUUUUUCAUCAACCAAAAUUCAAUAAUCAUGAAUCCGUGCUCAUUUAUUAACCUGAUUUUUUCUAUCUGAAAUUAAUUAAACAUUAUUAAAAUCUAUUUUCAUCGUAAAUUAAACUCAACUUUCAAUUACUUACAUAAAAAUAUGAAACAAGUGUAACUAAAGUGAAGAGAACAAGACAUUAAUUUGAUCCUACGCUAAAAAUCACAUUAUUUCCUUACCUUAUCCACCAAAAAAACAAAAAAAAAAAAUCUCAUACUACGUAACAUCCAACUAUAUAUCCACUAUAAAUAUAAGUAACCAACACCACUAUAAGUCACAAGGCCCCAUCUUAAAUUCUUAACCCACCAAAAUGAUUUUUUCCUUGAAAGAAAAUUCUUUAGCCCAAAAAAUGGGCUCCCAUAAAAACAGAGCAAAAACUUGCUCUGUUUCCCCUGUUUUGACCUUACACACCAUUCUUUUAGUCACAUUAUACUCUUUAAGCAAAAUUCAAGGGCAAUCACCCCCUUUCGCCUGUGAUACAGCGAGCAAUGCUUCGUUGUCGAGUCUCGGGUUUUGCAAUACGGAAACGGGUAUGGAGGAUAGGGUUGCAGAUUUAGUCGGGCGGUUAACCCUACCGGAAAAAAUCGGAUACUUGAUAAGUGGAGCAGCAAGUGUAAGUAGACUUGGUAUACCAAAGUACGAAUGGUGGUCCGAAGCAUUACAUGGAGUCUCUAAUACGGGUCCGGGUACUCGUUUCUCUAAUGUGGUUCCUGGUGCUACUAGUUUCCCUCAAGUUAUUACAACUGCUGCAUCAUUCAAUACUACACUCUUUGAAGCCAUAGGAAAGGUAGUAUCAAGUGAAGCAAGAGCAAUGUACAAUGUAGGAUUAGCUGGAUUGACAUAUUGGUCACCAAAUGUGAAUAUAUUUAGGGACCCACGUUGGGGAAGAGGUCAAGAAACACCAGGAGAAGACCCACUUCUUUCAAGUAAAUAUGGUUCUAAUUAUGUUCAAGGUUUACAACAAUCUGAUGAUUCUGAUCCUAACAAGCUUAAGGUUGCUGCUUGUUGCAAACAUUACACUGCUUAUGAUGUUGAUAAUUGGAAAGGCGUUGAUCGUUAUCGCUUCAAUGCCGUGGUGUCACAACAAGAUUUGGAUGAUACAUUUCAACCUCCUUUUAAAAGUUGUGUUGUAGAUGGGAAUGUUGCUAGUGUUAUGUGUUCCUACAACCAAGUUAAUGGCAAACCUACUUGUGCUGAUUCUCAUCUUCUUUCUGGAGUUAUUAGAGGAGAUUGGAACUUAAAUGGCUACAUUGUUACAGAUUGUGAUUCAAUAGAUGUCUUGUACAAUUCUCAACACUACACCAAAACCCCUGAAGAAGCUGUAGCUCAGUCAAUUUUAGCAGGGGUGAACCUUGAUUGCGGAUACUUCCUUUCGAAGCACACUCAAGGUGCAGUAGACAAAGGACUACUUAAAGAAUCAGAUAUCAAUAAAGCUAUCUCUUACAAUUUCGCAACAUUAAUGAGGCUCGGUUUCUUCGAUGGUAAUCCCUCCAAGAAACUUUACGGAGAUCUUGGUCCAAAAGACGUGUGCACACCUCAACACCAGGAGCUAGCUCGUGAUGCUGCAAGACAAGGCAUUGUUCUUCUACAAAACACUGCAAAAACAUUACCAUUUACUGCUUCAAAUAUCAAGUCAGUUGCUGUAAUUGGACCUAAUGCUAAUGUUACCAAAACAAUGAUUGGAAAUUAUGAAGGAAUUCCAUGCAAAUACACAACCCCUUUACAAGGCCUUGCUUCAUACACUUCAACAACUUACCAACCUGGUUGCUCUAAUGUAGCAUGUGUUACAGCUCAACUUGAUGAAGCAAAACAGAUAGCUUCAACUUCAGAUGCCACUGUUUUGAUUAUGGGUGCUGAUCAGUCUAUUGAAGCAGAGAGUCGAGACAGAGUUGAUUUGUACCUUCCUGGACAGCAACAACUACUCGUUACAGCAGUUGCAAAUGUUUCCAAGGGACCUGUGAUUCUGGUUAUAAUGUCUGGUGGUGGUAUGGACAUUACUUUUGCCAAGAACAAUGACAAAAUCAAGAGUAUUUUGUGGGUUGGUUAUCCGGGUCAAGCUGGUGGUGCUGCUCUUGCUGAUAUCAUUUUUGGUGCUUACAAUCCUUGUGGAAGACUACCAAUGACAUGGUAUCCACAAUCCUACGCAGACAAAGUACCAAUGACAAACAUGAACAUGAGAGCAGACCCUGCAACAGGAUACCCAGGAAGAAGCUACAGGUUUUACAACGGAGAAACAGUAUACAGUUUUGGUGAUGGAUUAAGUUAUUCAGACUUCACCCAUCACCUGGUAAAAGCACCCACAGAAGUAUCAAUCCCCUUGCAGGAAGAACAUGAAUGUCGUCAUUCUUCUUCAAACUGCAAGUCAAUUGAUGCUGUUGGAGAGCAUUGUGAGAACUUAGGAUUCGAUUUACACCUGAAAGUGAGGAAUAAUGGGAGUAUGGGAGGAAGGCAUACAGUGUUCUUGUUCACAUCACCACCAUCAGUUCAUAAUUCACCAAGGAAACAGUUGAUAGAGUUUGAGAAGGUAUAUUUGCAUGGGAAUACUCAAGGUAUGGUUGUGUUUAAGGUGGAUGCAUGUAAACAUUUGAGUGUGGUUGAUGAGGUUGGAAAUCGUAAAGUUGCUUUGGGAGUUCAUCAACUACAUAUUGGCAACUUGAAUUACUCAUUCAAUGUCAGGAUCUGAUUAUUAAGCUAAGCUAAGCUAAGCUAAGCUAGUUAGUAGACUUGAUUGCUUUUCAAUUGAACUUAUCCAAGGAGUCGUAAGAUUCCUCACAUUGUCACAUUGAUCAAUGAAUUCUAUAUUCAUGUUCCAUCAUUUUUAAAUACUUAUC